GUUGCUUUCGGUUCACCACCCCAUCAACGCCCUUCUGCCUGCCUGGCAAUUGUUUGUUUCCUUGUCACGCCCGCGCUUUCAGCGGCCCUCGCUCGGCAUGGCAUUUAAAGACGCCCUCGAGUCCCUAUGGACCGCUUCCAACGGUCACUACCACCACGCGCUUCAAUCUCUCAAGGCUCUCGCCGGUCUCAAUAUCACCAACACAACUACGGAAACCCUCGCCUCCCUCGACUCGCAGAUUGGCUGGUCCAAUCCACCCGAACCGCCCACCAUGCCGUUCAUCCCAUUCACCCUGGAUCUCGGCACUGGCUUCAGCAUCGCUUUUGCGCUCUGCCUCAUGCCCACCGCCUAUCUCCUCGGCGAGCGGCUCAUCACCGGCACCUUCAACCAGCGCGGCCGCUUGCUGUUCAUGUGGCACGCCUACGACGCCCUCACCCACCUCUUCAUCGAGGGCCCCUUCCUCUACCACUGCUUCUUCAGCUACUCCACCAUCUCCCCGAGCCACAACCGUGGUCCGAUUUUCCUGAACCAAAAGGACCGCGCCUACGGCGCCACCUACAGCAACUGGCCCACCGCCCGCCUCUGGCAGGAAUACGCCAAAGCGGACCACCGCUGGGGCGGCGCCGACUCCACCGUCAUCUCAAUUGAACUGCUGACCGUGUUUCUGGGCGGCCCCGCCGCCGUCUACAUCUGCUACCUGCUGUGGAAAAUCUCCAACCAGUCGAUACCGGCCCGCGAGCGGGGUGCCCUGCGCGGGAGGCUGUGGAUGACUUCCAUCGCCCUCGCUACGGCUGAGCUCUACGGCGGCUUCAUGACCUUCUGCCCUGAGUGGUUGACCGGUAGUUCCGCCCUGGAUACCUCCAGUUGGGUCUACAUGCUCUUCUAUCUCCUCUUCUUUAACAUCCUCUGGGUUUUUGCCCCCAUCUGGGUUCUGUGGGAGGCAUUCAGGGAGUUAAAAGCUUCGUUUUCAAAAGCGGAGACUAGUAGCGGUUCUUCAUCGGGGAGUGGUCCGGGUAAGAAGAGGUGACUAGAUGGCGGUUAUAUCUCUUCGCCGGACCUUCAUCCGGAUGAUAUGUCCUACCGCAGGAAUCCCCAUCAUAUGUCCUGAUGGGUUGGCCCUGUCAAACAGGGCGAUGAAUCAGGUGGUGUGUGUUGGAGGGUGUUUAUGCUGGAUGAUGUGUGUGUUGGAUGGUGAAUGAUUUGGAUGAUUAUGGGUUGAAUGGAGCGUGGGUUAGAUGAUCCGAGUUGGAUUCUCAGUUGGAUGGGCUGAAUUGGAUGACCUGGUUCGAACAAUUCUGGUAUGCAUGCUCCUGGGGUUUUCUGUUUUGGGUGUCUAAGAUUGCAACCGAUAUGAUUUGGUCGGUUUUCGUUUCCUUUUAUUUUGUUUGGGGCUAUGUUUAACGGGUCUUGCGAUAGAUAUUGUACAUUAGUUCUUUUCACCACGGACAGGAUGUACGUUACAAUGGGCUCUAUCUGCGUGUUCUAUUUCGAAUUUGAAAAUUAUAAGCGAAG